AUGGCUCAGUGGUUAAGAACACUGACUGCUUUCCUUGAGGCACCCUCAUCUGGGCCCUAGUCUCUGAAGAUCAUGAUGACGUAUAUGAACCCGGGACCCCACUAUUCGGUCAAUGCCUUGGCCCUGAGUGGCCCCAGUGUGGACCUGAUGCACCAGGCUGUCCCAUACUCAAGUGCCCCUAGGAAGCAGAGGCGGGAGCGGACCACGUUCACCAGGAGCCAGCUGGAGGAGCUGGAGGCCCUGUUUGCCAAGACCCAGUACCCGGAUGUGUAUGCACGUGAAGAGGUUGCUCUCAAGAUCAACCUGCCUGAGUCCAGGGUCCAGGUCUGGUUCAAGAAUCGCAGGGCGAAAUGCAGACAGCAGCGGCAGCAGCAGAAACAGCAGCAGCAGCCCCCAGGGGGACAGGCCAAGGCUCGUCCUGCGAAGAGGAAGGCAGGCACAUCCCCGAGACCCUCUACAGAUGUUUGUACAGAUCCUUUGGGCAUCUCAGAUUCCUACAGCCCAUCUCUGCCUGGUCCCUCAGGUUCACCUACCACAGCAGUGGCCACCGUAUCCAUUUGGAGUCCAGCCUCAGAGUCUCCUUUGCCUGAGGCCCAGAGAGCUGGCCUAGUGGCUUCAGGGCCCUCUCUCACCUCAGCCCCUUAUGCCAUGACCUAUGCCCCUGCUUCUGCUUUCUGUUCUUCACCUUCAGCUUAUGCAUCUCCAAGUUCCUAUUUCAGUGGGUUGGAUCCAUACCUUUCUCCCAUGGUGCCCCAGCUAGGGGGUCCAGCUCUCAGCCCCCUCUCAGGCCCCUCUGUGGGGCCAUCCUUGGCCCAGUCCCCCACCUCCUUGUCAGGCCAGAGCUAUAGCACCUACAGCCCCGUGGACAGCCUGGAAUUCAAGGACCCUACAGGCACCUGGAAAUUCACCUACAAUCCCAUGGACCCUCUGGACUACAAAGAUCAGAGUGCCUGGAAGUUUCAGAUCUUGUAGAAGAGGCUUCAUAUUCUCCCUUCCAGCGGAAUCACCCUCUCUGGACUCCGGCUGCCACCUCCUGCUUAGAUUCCAGGAGAGUAGCUCUCAGCAAGCAUCAGCAAGUAGCAAUCCUGCCAAAGGCUGUGAAAAAUUCAGCCCCAGGUGUAGGCCACCCUCAGCUCCAUUAGAGAGUUUAACCCCUUUACCACCUACCCCAAGCAAUGAAAGGGACUUCCUCUCCCAAGACAGUCCAGCAGCAACCAGUAGAUAGCAUGACUGAUGUGCAUAUCUGAUGCUUUUCCCAGUCUUCAGUAAAGGUGCUGAGAACUUGCUCUGGAGAGAAAGAAAA